GAUCAUUGAAAAUUCUAGUGGUAUUGAAGGAAUUCACUCUUUUUUUUCUUUCAUCCUCUCCUCGUCCGGGGCCACUUUCUCAGUGGGACAGCAAGGAGCUACAAAUACCAACAAGCUCAGAGCAAGUCUUUCAUCUCUUCUCACACUCUCAGCACCGACAGCAGGUAGCAACACAUCCAAGUUAUCAUGCAUCCAACCGUGCUCUUUGUGGCCGUGGUGGCCAUUACCGCCGCCGUGGUGCAUGGCCGCCGCCCCGCCGAUGGCUCUCCGGCCGCACGGUUCUGGGAGGAGGUCCUCCCGGGCACGCCCAUGCCAGAGGCCCUUGCUGAACUUGUCCAGAAAGGAAUUGAUCACUCGCCGCUCGCAGAGAACUUCUCUGGCCCCUACCUUUCGAUUGGGAUGUGCCUAGGUCACGUGUACGUAUCCGUCUGCAGCGUGGAGAGGGUGAAGAAGGCGGGGACGGGCCUCUUCUUCCACGAGGAGCAGGUGCGCGUGGGCAGCACCCUGACAGUCUCCUUCUCGGCGGCGGGGGUGCCGGCCAUCCUCCCGCACGACGUCGCCGAGAAGGUCCCCUUCGGCAACAUCACCGCCAGGGACGUCGCCACCCGGUUCAACAUCGCGCCGGGCUCCACGAUGGCUGCCCAGGUCGGGGACACCCUGCGCGCGUGCCAGGCCCGCGCCGGCGGCGAGCGGCACGCCUGCGCCGCGUCCCUGGAGGACAUGGUGCGCGCGGCCAUGCGCACGCUGGGCACGGCGGGCCAGGUGUGGGUGGCCGCGUCGGCGGUGCCCCGCGCCGGCCUGCCGCUGCAGCCGUACGCGGUCGAGGCCGUCGCCCCGCUCGACGGCGACCACCACGUGGCCUGCCACGACGAGCCCUACCCGUACGCCGUGUUCCGGUGCCACAAGAUUGGCCUGUCGAUGACCAAGGCGUACGCGGUCUCUCUUCGCGGUCUCCGUGGCGGCCCGGAGGUCACCAUGGCCGUGAUCUGCCACCUUGACACCUCCGACUGGAACCCAGCUUACCCGGCUUUCGAGAUGCUGCACACCAAGCCCGGCAACUCGUCGGUGUGCCACUUCAUGCCGUACGCCAAUUUGCUGUUCGGAGUGAAGGCAGCCAGCACCAUGGCUAGCUUCUAAGCAGUCCAUAUGGAAUUCACGAAUGAAGUGGUUCUUACAUGUUGCCAGUGUUUGUGUCUGUCUGCAAGUGUUCUGAAUCUGAAUAUUGUGUGUUAGUGCUGCAUGCGCCUGUAGCAUCAGCACCCUGCAUUGUACUAAAUAAAAUGCUGUGUGAAUUGUGCCUUUGGACUCCCAUUUGGAAA